AUGGCUUCUGGUGCCGCCGCUCUUGUUCUCAAGGCGUCCGUCUUCGCUGCCGUACUCUCCAUGCUGGUCCUGCCUUCCUCGGGGCGUUGUCCAUCGCUGGGACCGGCACCGCCACCACCACCGACGUCGGUUUCAGUAACUCCAGAGCCGCCACCGCCUUCGGGGCCCAAGAUAACAUGCGCGGAUUGUAUGCAGUGCCGGGACUCGUGCAGCAGCGACUGCGCUGCUCUCAGCUGCCUCCGGGAAUAA